AUGGCAGAGAAAUCGAGGUUAGAGUCUAUCAAGACAGGAUCGUCAUUGUUCGAAAAAGGGACGUUUCCGGAAAAGGUGGAGCAGAGAGCAGUGAUAAAAUUUUGUGUAGACAUCGGAAAAACACCAACAGAGAUCCAUAAAUUCCUUAAACAGUCGGGAAAACACAAUAAAGUAAGCCGUUCUUUAGUGUUUAAGUGGCACAGAAGAUUUUUGGACGGAAGGGACAGUUUACAGGAUGACAUGCUUGAAGGAAGACCAUCUUCCCAAGAUUACAACUUUGUGGAUGCAUCAUCUUACGAUGAGGAAAUGCAGAGACGAGCAAACAAUCGUAAUGUCCGUCCUCUUGGUCAAGUAGCAAGGGAGAGUCGACUGGAGCGACAAAUGGAAAAAGUUCUGUUUCGGAAUCAAGUUAAACUUCUCAGUGAUAUGAUUCAAGCCAGAAAAACGCGGGGGAUUCCAUAUCACGAGGUAGACCCAAGGAUUUCCAGCAGACUCUCGAAUCAUUCAGUCACAAUAGAGGAGAAAUAUAGAUACGUAAAUAAUGCAUUUCAUGCUCGCUAUUUCAACACCGUGUCACAAAGUGUGUUAAAUGCUUCCGAUAGAAGAUUGGAGAAUUACCCGCUUAGAGUUGUCCCUCCCUCAUGUCAUCGACAGAUAGAAACCGGAAAUAGAAUGAAGUCGGCAUAUUGUGACGUAUUUGGUCCGAAAUUAUGUACAGAUUGCACUCGUGUGAGAAAAAGAAUCAAAAGUGCCCAAGAUCAGAGAUACUAUUUUCCUAAUAUCGCUGUUCAUUCAAAAGCUCUCGUAGCUCCUGAAAGACUAGAGAAAAUUCUGUUGUAUCACGAAAGGGAUUAUUUUUCCAGCCCGCCGGGUGAUACAACCAUUUACGAUCUGAGUAGUGUAUGCAAAGGCCCGGAUGGAGGCGGGCCUCAUGUGUUUCCAGAAAACGAAAUUCUAGAAAGAGUAAGGAGUGGCAAAAAACUGGAAGCCCAAAAAAUGAUUGAAAUGACUGAAAAGGAUAUUGCUCCGAUAGCGCCACCUAGUAGUAGACGGAGUUCCCAAACACAAAUGCCAUCGUUUCCGCAAAAUAAUGAAAUGCGUGUAACAGUUUCCUUUGCUGUGUGAUAUAUAAUACACUGUAUAAAACUACAGGUGUCAAAUUCAAUGCAAACUGCACACAAAAUGUUCAUAUAAAGGGUAAUUUUCGCCAUGUUUAAAGUAUUUCAUGACAAAUUUUAAAUAGUAGUGACACAUCAAAAGUUGCUAAAUUAUUGAAUAGCACAUCUCU